AUGGAAUGGUGGAGAUCGACGUUCCGCCGUUUGAGAGCGAGGAUGACUGGGACGGUGAGAGCGAGGAUGACUGGGACGGUGAGAGCGAGGAUGACUGGGGACGGUGAGACUCUCAAGACCGCUCUUCUUCCGCGCCUAUCCCUCGUCCUCACCUCUCCCCUCAUCCCCACCUCUCCCCCAUUCCCCCCUCUCCCUCAUCCCCACCUCUCCCUCAUCCCGCCUCUCCCCUCAUCCCCACUCCCUCAUCCCCACCUCUCCCCUCAUCCCCGCCUCUCCCUCAUCCCCACCUCUCCCCUCAUCCCCGCCUCUCCCCUCAUCCCCACCUCUCCCCUCGACCCCACCUCUCGUCUUAUCCCCGCCUCUCCCCUCAUCCCAACAUCUCCCCUCAUUUACUGCCUGUCCUCCAUGCAGACGGCGGGGUGA